AUGCUCUCGAAACUGCUACGUCAGAUUCUUGGACGCGGGUUAGCUUCAACGGUUCGGAAGUGUGUAGAAAAGGGUACUGGUCAAGUAUUUGCUGUAAAAAUUGUUGAUGUAAGUACAGAAAGGCAAUCGCAAAAUGAAGCGGAAAGACUUCUCAAUGAAACGAUUAGUGAAGUCAAUUUAUUGAGGCAGCUUGCUGAUCAUCCAUCGAUAAUCAGUAUUCAUGACUUCUAUCAGGCUCCUACGUUUUUGUUCGCUGUUUUCGAGAUGGCUCCGAGAGGAGAACUGUUUGAACUGCUGAAUAAAUCUGUUACCGUUAGUGAAAAAAAAGCGCGGAGACUAAUGAGGCAGCUGUUUGACGGUGUGGCUUUUAUGCACGAAAAAUUAAUUGUUCAUAGGGAUCUUAAGCUUGAAAAUAUUCUUUGUAUCGAUGAGGAGAGGAUCAUAAUUAGUGAUUUUGGUUUUGCAACUCAGUUAAAACCAGGACAGCGAUUGACAGAGCUACUUGGGACACCCGGAUAUUUGGCUCCUGAAAUAUUAAGGUGCCAGAUGUAUGAGGACACAGAUGGUUACGGCCUUGAAGUAGAUGACUGGGCACUUGGCGUUAUCCUCUACACAUUACUUGCUGGUUAUGCACCAUUCUAUAAUCGACGCCAAUUAAUAAUGCUAAGAAUGAUCCAGGAAGCAAAAUAUGAUUUACACAGCGAGCAGUGGAGCCACAUUACUGACGAAGCCAAAGACCUUAUAAAGAAUAUAUUUGUAGUAGAUGUUAGCAAACGCUUUAACGCGCUGCAGUGUUUGCAGCACCCUUGGAUGGUUGGAGUAUCUAAGGAAAUAGCGGCAGAAGCGGUUAAGAAACGAGACUUUCGCCGUAUUUGGCGGAGAAGUAUUCAUCUUGCUCGUUUCUUCAUAAGACUUACCAAUAUCAAAAACCUUAAAGUCCUGGUCGACCGAGAUCUGCUUAAACAGCGUCCAUUUAGAGAUCGCGAAAUUCGCCAUUUAUCAGAAGCUGCUGUUUUUUCUGUUUACGGUCACUGGGUUAAUAGAGGUUAUUAUUAUUCUCGUGAUUUAUUGUUCGCUAAUCGACCUCGUCCCAGAUAUCAGAAUCCUGAAGUGCAAAUGGUUGCCGCAUAG